ACUCCCGAGUCUGAAUCGCAUCAUACUUCUCAACCGAGUAGAGGCUGGUCCGAGUAGAGGCUGGUCCAUACUCGAGGUCUCUACUAUGCCUGAGGCUCCUAAUUACCACCCUGUCUCGUCGGCAGGUCAAAGCACAGCAUCCCCUGCUUCGACUCCUCCCCCUGUCAGAGCCCCGCCAUCGACCGACUACGACAACCUCGAUGCAGGCCACCAGGGCCACUCUCCUACACACCCGAUGACUUCUACCGUCUUCAAUAAUUCGCCGGCUCAAUAUAACAGCUAUGGCGAUGUCCGUGUUCGCACCGACCAUGUUGCCUGGCCGAGCGAUGGAUCAUCAAUGUACUUAGCGCCACUAAUGCCAGCGACAACCCCAGGUAACCUCCUGACCACCACCGAUAACCACGGUAUUACCGAUAUUCAGCAUUUUCCUGCCCACUUCAUACCACAAUCAUACAUUGGAUCUUUAGGGAACAUGCCUGAUGCUUUCGCGGGGGUGGGGUCACUAAACUUGGACACUGGCUCGGGCUCGAUCGCAUGGAUGCAGGAGGGUAUUGCUGAACCAAGGCUGAUUGGUCUACAAUGUCGGUGGACGGGUUGCACAACUACCCAGCCUUUUGGACGGCCAGCAGAUCUGAUCAGACAUGUGCAAACUAAACAUAUAAGACCGCUGUCCUACCAGUGCCCAGAGUGUGGGCAUCGGUCCAACCGCAGAGAUAAUUUGUUCGAUCAUCGGCUGCGAGCUCAUUACCGUCCGGAGAAUUUGACAAGGAGGCGUUCCUAAAUGCUUUAUCAUAAAUGCUGUCAGUGGCUGGCUUUCCAUGACACUUGGGGCUCGGAUGUCUGGGUAUAUCUCUCGCGAUGUCUUUUCUUCUC